AUGAGUUUAAAAACUCUAAUAAAAGUUUAGAUACAAAUAUUGCUAUAGGCUUUAAUACAAAUAUUAUUGAAAGUUUUAAUACAAAUACUAGUAAAAACUUUAAUACAAAUACUAGUAAAAGCUUAAAUAUAAAUAUUAUUUCUAUAAAUAUCAAUGGUCUCUUACAAUCUAACAAACAACUUGCUUUAACUGAAACUCUUAAUAAUAAUUCUUUGAAAUUUUAA